AUGGAGAGACUCUUAUAGAAUGUUGAAAACAAUAAUAAUCUUCUCAUAUAGAUUAGAAGUUUGAAGGAUUAAGAUAGUAUUUACACUCUUUAAAGGUAAUUUUUUAUAAUUGAAUGAAUUAGGAAGGGGAAUUGCAAGUUUUAAGAAUUUUUGUUUUGA